AUGGGCAAGAAGAAGCGCGGUCACCCAGACGUGGAGGAGCUCCUAUCGCGACCAUGGUGUUAUUACUGCGAGCGAGACUUUGAGGAUCUCAAGCUCCUCAUCUCCCAUCAGAAGGCGAAACACUUCAAGUGCGACCGAUGCGGCAAGCGAUUAAACACGGCUGGAGGUCUCUCCGUUCACAUGAACCAAGUCCACAAGGAAAACCUCACAAGCGUCGAGAAUGCGCUCCCAAAUCGGCAAGGCCUCGAGAUUGAGAUCUUCGGCAUGGAGGGAGUACCCGAGGACAUCAUACAACAGCAUAACCAGCGCAUCAUCCAGAACUUCUACACCGCCCAGGCCGAGAGGCAAGCCGCGACAGGUAACCCUCCACGAGGACUGUCAGGCGGCCAGGGACCCGCCAAGAAGCUCAAGUACGAGACCCCCGAGGAGCUCAAGAAGCGGCUAGCCGAGCAUCGCGCGAACGUUGCGGCUCAGAAGGCCGCAGGGAUAACCGGUACUCCCGUUGCUGCCGCAUCCGCCGAUGGACAAAGCCCAGCACAAGCCGUAAGCGUCCCCAAUCUACCCCCUAACCACCACCACCUCAUCCAAUCCUCACACCUGUCCAAACAGAACCCCCCUUACUCCGCUCCACAACCGGGCUAUCCCUAUCCCGCCCCGGGCGCCGCGCCGCCUUAUCCCGCGGCACAAGGUUACCCGCCGCCAGCCGGCACCUUCCCACCAGGCGCGACCCCGUUACCCGCCAGGCCGCCCAGCGGAUCUGCCGGCGCGGCACCGUACUUCUACAACGGCGGCGCGCCGUCGACUGUGGACGAACUGGUGGCGAAUGCGGCGAGACAGGGCGGCCCCGGCGGUGAUGAUAUCGACCAUAUGAUAAGAAUGGCCGAGGCGGGCAUCAGACCGGGCGCUGGAAAGGCUGGAGGGGCGGCGGAGGAAGCGGGGGCAGGUGGUGGUGCGGGGGAGAAGAAGAAGAAGGGCACGAGGAUGGUCUAUGGGGAUACCGAGGUCAGUCCGGAGGAGAAGAUGGCCAUGUUGCCGCGGUAUCGGUGGGUCGAGGGGACUGCUUGA